AGUCUGUCUAUUAUACCGUGUAUACGUGUAACAUAUCCUCGUACUAUUUCGUUAUACAAAUAGUAUAGGUUUAUUGAAAUGACUUUAUUAAGAAAAGCAUGUUCUGCUUUAAUUGUUAAUGCAAGAAGAUAUAGUUCUAAUAUACAGAACAAAAAGCCCCCGAAAAUUUUAAUCACGGGAGGACUAGGACAAUUAGGGGUCGAGUGUGCAAAAUAUUUACGAGCAAAAUAUGGAAAAGAAAAUGUUAUAUUGUCUGACAUUAUCAAACCAUCAAACGAGAUUUUCAAAGAUGGACCAUACAUUUUUGCGGAUAUUUUAGAUUUUAAAGGUCUUCAGAAGAUCGUGGUAGAUCACAGAGUAGAUUGGCUUAUACACUUCUCUGCACUUCUUAGUGCCAUCGGUGAACAAAACGUACCACUAGCAGUGAGAGUAAAUAUAGAAGGAAUGCAUAAUGUUAUUGAACUUGCCAAACAAUACGGACUCCGUAUCUUCGUACCAAGUACUAUCGGCGCAUUUGGACCUGAUUCACCAAGAAAUCCAACCCCAAACAUUACUAUACAAAGACCGAGAACUAUUUAUGGUGUUUCUAAAGUGCACGCGGAGUUGCUAGGCGAAUAUUACUUCCACAAGUUUGGAUUGGACUUUCGUUGUUUAAGAUUUCCUGGUGUUAUUUCAAGUGACCCUCCAGGUGGUGGCACUACAGAUUAUGCUAUUGCAAUUUUCCACGAAGUGUUGAGAAAAGGCCAUUACGAAUGUUAUCUAAAACCUGAUACCAGGCUGCCGAUGAUGCACGUAAAGGAUGCCCUACGCGCACUUUCAGAAUUCUUAGAAGCACCAAAUGACUUACUACACAGAAGGGUAUACAACGUCACAUCAAUGAGCUUUACUCCUGAAGAAUUAGCUGACAAGAUGAUAAAACACAUUCCAGACUUCACCAUCACGUAUAAACCUGAUAGUCGGCAGGAUAUUGCUGAUUCCUGGCCACAAGAAUUUGAUGAUAGCGAAGCAAGACGAGACUGGAACUGGAAACCUAACGUCGAUUUAGAAAAUUUAGUAUCACUAAUGGUGAAGGAAGUGAAAGAAAAAAUAGUUGCUAAUGGCUUUUAAUAAAAUUCUAUAAUGUG